GAGAGGAGAAGAGGGCAAAAGCAGCGCAGAAGGGGAAGAGGGACUCUGCUGUCAGCUGGAUGCUCGGCGCUCUGUUCCCUGAGGAGGUUAUUUAUUUAUUCCUGUGAUCAGCUCAGGACAUCUGCAGAGUGUAGUGAGCAGCGCGCUUCAGGCUGCAGGUCUGUGAGUGGAUCCGGGAUGCAGUCCUACUUCACACUGCUGCUGGGCUUCGUGGCCUCCUCUGCAUCAGUGGAAUGGAGGUAUCCGGUGAUCAAGAUGAACUCCGAGGUGGUGGUGGGCUCGGAGGUGGUGGUUAACGCCGGGAGCCCUCUGGACCUGAAGUGUGAGGGCGACGGGCCUGUGGACUGGCAGACCAGGCUGCCCAAACACAGACGCUUCGUUUCUAAAGGCGGCGGGAACGUCCGCACUCUGAAGGUGAAACGACCCUCCGCCGAGUUCACCUGGACGUACAAGUGUUUUUACACCGACGGCCCGCAGCACCUGACCUCCGCGGUGCACGUCUACGUGAAGGACCCAAAUCGCCUGUUCUGGACGGACAGCACCGCCCUGCUGGUGGUGACGAAGGAAGGUAACGACUACCUGCUGCCUUGCCUCCUGACCGACCCGGCGGCCACAGACCUCAACCUCCGCAUGGACAACGGCACCUCCGUGCCGCCGGGGAUGAACUUCACCGUGUCCAGGCACCGCGGGAUUCUGGUCCACGGCCUCCACCACAGCUUCAACGCCGACUACGUCUGCACGGCCAGACUGAACGGCGUGGAGAGAAGCUCCAAGGCCUUCUCCAUCAACGUCAUUCAGAGGCUUUGGUUUCCUCCGUACGUCUUCUUGGACACAGACGAGUACGUGCGCAUUGUUGGAGAGGAGCUGAAGAUUCGCUGCAGAACGCACAAUCCGAACUUCAACUACAACGUCACCUGGAAAUACAUGACGAAGACGAAGCCGACAAUAGAGGAAACGGCUCACUCCAAUGGAGAAAACAGGCUGGACAUCGUGAGCAUCCUCACCAUCUCCGCUGUGGACCUCGCUGACACUGGAAACAUCUCCUGCAUCGGGACCAAUGAGGCUGGUAUGAACAGUUCAACCACGUACCUGAUCGUUGUGGACAAGCCCUACAUCCGGCUGUCGCCCCAGCUGUCCCCCAAGCUGGCUCACAAGGGUCUUUCACUGGAGGUGAAUGAAGGAGAGGAUCUGGAGCUCAACGUGCUCAUUGAGGCGUAUCCCUGCAUCACAGAGCAUCAGUGGCACACCCCGACGUCUCCCAACACGUCCACGCAGGAGCAGAAGUUCAUCCGGUACAACAACAGAUAUCACGCCACACUGCUGCUGAAGAGAAUGAACAUUCAGGAGCAGGGCCAGUACACCUUCUAUGCCCGGAGUAACCUGGUCAAUGCGUCCAUCACCUUUCAAGUCCAGAUGUAUCAGCGACCCGUUGCCGUGGUGAGGUGGGAGAACGUAACCACACUGACCUGCACCUCUUUCGGUUAUCCCGCUCCCAGAAUAAUCUGGUAUCAGUGUUUCGGGAUACGACCCACGUGCAAUGAAAACACCACUGGGCUCCAGCUGGCCAUCCCCCUCCAGGCUCCCACCGUGGAGGUGCAGAGGGAGGAGUACGGGGCGGUGGGAGUGGAGAGCGUCCUCACCGUGGGACCCUCCAGCCGCAGGAUGACAGUUGAGUGUGUUGCCUUCAAUGUGGCAGGAAUGAGCAGAGACACUUUUGCCUUGGAAGCUGCCGACACAUUCUUCACGUCCACACUGACUGCAGCGGCGGGGAUUCUGGCCAUCCUCCUCGCACUGCUGGUGUUUCUUUUAUACAAAUAUAAGCAGAAACCCAGGUAUGAGAUCCGAUGGAAGAUCAUUGAAGCGAGAGAGGGAAACAACUACACCUUCAUCGAUCCCACUCAGCUGCCCUACAAUGAGAAGUGGGAGUUCCCUCGAGAUAAGCUCAAACUAGGGAAGAUCCUGGGUGCAGGUGCGUUUGGAAAGGUGGUGGAGGCCACAGCCUACGGUCUGGGAAAGGAGGACAAUGUGAUGCGUGUGGCGGUGAAGAUGCUAAAAGCCAGCGCUCAUUCAGAUGAGAGGGAGGCUCUCAUGUCUGAGCUGAAGAUCAUGAGCCACCUGGGUCAACAUAAGAACAUUGUCAAUCUCCUGGGAGCCUGCACCUACGGAGGGCCGGUGCUGGUGAUCACCGAGUACUGCAGCCUGGGUGACCUCCUCAACUUCCUUCGCCAGAAAGCAGAGACGUUUGUCAACUUUGUCAUGAAUAUUCCUGACAUUCCGGAGAACGACUACAAGAACAUCUGCGCUCAGAAGCGGUUCAUUCGCAGUGACAGUGGGAUCUCCAGCACAUCCUCCAGCAGUUACUUAGAGAUGAGACCAAGUCAAAUGCCAGAUAUGGAAACAUCAAACGCCUUGAACCAAUCUCCUGACCUGGUGUGUGAGGAGACUGGAGACUGGCCUCUGGAUAUUGAUGACCUCCUGAGGUUUUCAUUUCAAGUUGCUCAAGGCCUUGAUUUUCUGGCUACUAAAAAUUGUAUUCACAGAGACGUCGCAGCUCGAAAUGUCCUGCUGACCAACCAAAGGGAGGCAAAGAUCUGUGAUUUCGGCCUGGCGCGAGACAUCAUGAACGACUCCAACUACGUGGUUAAAGGCAAUGCUCGCCUGCCCGUGAAGUGGAUGGCCCCGGAGAGCAUCUUCGACUGCGUCUACACCGUCCAGAGUGACGUCUGGUCCUACGGCAUCCUCCUGUGGGAAAUCUUCUCUUUAGGUAAGAGCCCGUACCCCAGCAUUUCCGUGGACUCCAGAUUCUACAAGAUGGUGAAGCACGGCUACCAGAUGGCCCAACCGGACUUCGCCCCACCUGAGAUCUACUCGAUCAUGAAGAUGUGCUGGAAUCUGGAGCCGACCAUGCGCCCGACGUUUAGCAAAAUCACCCAGAUGAUAGGGAGGCUGCUGGUGGAGCAGCCAGAGCCGGAGCAGCUAAUCUACCAGAAUGUGGAGCAGCAGCAGGUCACAGAGGGUGAGGAGUGUGACGAGCCCAAAUGCUGUGACGGCCCCUGUGACCGGUCUUGUGACCAUGUGGAAGAGGAGCAGCCUCUCAUGAAGACCAACAACUACCAGUUCUGUUGAAAAAGUCCUCUGCGCCAGUCAAUCGAUGGAUCCACCGCUCGUCAACAGGCACCAGCAGACUGGGAUCGGCAGCGGUUCAGCGGGGAGCCGAGUGUCACAUCUUGUUCCAUGAGCAGGAGAGUCGCCCUCUCAGCACUUCUUUUUUCUUUUCUUUUUUUUUUUUCUUUUUUUUUUGCCUGUUGCUCUCCAGACAGACGAGCAGCUGUAGCGAGCAUGUGACUCCUGUCCCUGCAGACCGUGACUAGAAAAUGCCAUGUCUAACAGCGCCUGCAGUCAUGAAAGGAGGAAACAUGUCAGGAAAGCACACCAGCCCUCUGAGCUGUACCUUUCCCUGAUCAUUACUCCCUGACAGACUGUUCAUCUCCCAUGUACUCAAGGUAUAAUCUGUAAGCUUAACCAAAGAAGAAUCUUCUUUUCUUUUGUUUUGUUUUUUUUUUUUUGCGUGUACUUAGUUAUCUUUGUUUGUGUUUACUGUUUGUUUUUUUAAAUUACUGCCUCAUGAAUGUUUCCUAUUCCAUGUAGUUGAAACUCCGUUCUGUCAGCUGGUUUGCUUCCUUGUCAUCCGUUUGUCGCAUGUGAGGUUUUCUCAGAGCAAGUCACAAACACUGGACAUAAACUCCUAACUGGGGCUCUGUUUAUCCUUUCAAUCUGCGUCCUGAUAACCAAAUGUAAAAUGUUCUUUUCGUUGAUUUAAACGUGAAGCCACAGCGGAGGAGGCGAAGAAUGGCGGGCUUGUUUUGCCUCCCCGGGCGCUGCUCGCGGCCGUUCUUCUUGUGACACACUGGAGUGGCCGUCCGUCGGUCACAGCAUGUGAUUGUUCCACUUCGAUUCAAUUAAUUUUGCCAGUGUGAUUUAGGAGCAGGGAGAUCUGUGGCUCCAUCAGGGAUCAGAUAAAUCAUGUUUUCAUGUCUGACAAUGUGAAAGUUGAAGUGUUUGUGGCACCAUUUCUUCCUCUCUUCCUUCCAUUUAGAGCUCGAUGAGUGUUCGUAUGCAAGCUUGCCCCAGUAUCAGCGUGUAGCAGUCAGCCUCCACUGCCAACUCCAUGAAGACUUUCCAGCUACAUAUAAGCUACAAGAGCGAUACAGACUGCAGCAUUUGUGUGGCGUCAGGUGUUUCACGUGUGCUUGAGCCUGAAUGAAACACAAGUGGGAUGUCUCAUAUUGUACAUAUCUCAUAAAUCAAGAAGUAUCUUUAUUUUCGCUGAAAUGUCGUAGAGUGGAUAGUAGCACAUCCACCUUCCAUAUAUCGAGUGUUUUUUUUUUUUGUUUUGUUUUUUGUUUUUGUUCAAAUGAGACAAUCAGUGCAAAUGCUGUAGAUUAAAUCACUGAAAAUUGUGUUGAAUAAAGCUUUACC